UGAAAACCCUACUUCAACCCCUACGAUUUCAUCAGUGCUUGGAGAAUACGCCGAAAUCGAGAAUGGCUUUUUCUAUCGCUCUCCGAUCCCGCCUUGUGCCAAGGUUGCUACGGAGUCUUCGAUCUCGUACUUCAAGAAGGCUACUUUCAACGGAAGCAUCUUCUUCUUCUUCAUCCAAGGCGGCUCCAGGACUCUCCUCUGCCCAGCAGUCGCUCUUUUCUGAUUUGCCAAAUCAUCUUCCUCCUCCUCCCCCUGAGGCGGCGGCGGCGGCGGCGGCGCUGGGAAAGGAGCGGAAAGGUCUAAAGUUUCUUAGUAACGUAUUCAUCUGGGCUCUCGCCGGUGCCACCGCUGCUGUUGGUUACACUAGCUAUGCUUACACAUUAGAUGAAGUGAAUCAGAAGACAAAGGCCUUCCGAGAAUCCGCUUCAAAGGCACCACCAGCUCUUUAUUCUACCGGCAUUGAUAAAUACCAGGCAAUGUUAUACUCUACUGCCAAGAAAGUUCCUGCAAGAGCCAUUGAUAUGUAUUUGGAGCUUAGGGAAGCUGUGGAGGAACAAGUUAAAGGCUUCACAGAACCUCUCUCGGAAAAGCUUCUUCCAGAUAUGCACCCCGCAGAACAGGGUGUAAUCUACACUCUCGUUCUUGAUUUGAAUGAGACACUGCUUUACACCGACUGGAAGCGAGAGAGAGGGUGGAGGACGUUCAAAAGACCAGGUGUCGAUGCUUUCUUGGAGCACCUUUCCAAGUACUAUGAGAUUGUUUUGUAUACUGACCAGAUGGAUAUGUAUGUAAUUCCCGUCUGUGAGAAGUUAGACCCGAAUUACUACAUACGCUAUAGGUUAGCAAGAAACGCUACUAAAUAUGAGAAUGGAAAGCACUUCAGGGAUCUCUCAAAGCUGAACAGGGACCCGAAGAGGAUUAUGUAUGUUAGCGGGAAUGCUUUUGAUACAACACUUCAGCCAGAGAAUUGUGUGCCAAUCAAGCCAUACAAACUCGAAUCUGAUGACACAGCGCUUGUCGACCUAAUACCCUUCCUUGAAUAUGUUGCACGUAACAAUCCAGCUGAUAUCAGACCGGUUCUAGCCUCUUUCGAGAGAAAAGAUGUUGCCAAAGAGUUCCUUGAGAGGUCCAUAGACUAUCAGAAGCGAAUGCAAGGACAAAGACAAGGCCGAUUCUGGAGACGUUAAAAGGAUCUAUAAAACAUUUUAUGUAUAGUGAGAGACAGAUUAUAUCCUCAUUGAUGCAUUACACCAUAAAACAAGAACAGAAGCUACUGUUCUUCUCUUAGGGUUUUUAGGUAAACUUUGAACUAAAUAUGUCUUUCUCAUCAGUUUAUGUUUUUUACCCAAUUUUUUUUUUAACUUUGUCUCCGGUUUACAAAGUGAACUUUUUCCAAUAGAACCAAAAUGAAAUGCUCUUUAUUCUUUAAUUAGC